CACCUGGCAGAGACGAAUCCGUUAGGAACCUUCACCCUGACUGGUCCUUAUAACACUUGAAGAGCACUCGUUAGUAAAAGUUGAGCAAUGACAACUAAAAUGGCGGAUAACAUUGAAGAUGCUCUGUUCUUUUGUCAAACGUUUCUAACAGGAACAUUUUCAUUUUGGUUUCUUGUGGCUGCCAAUAUUUUCCUCUUCAUAACUUCAACGUCAAGUAAUAUAUUGAUACUUAUUGCCUUACACAAGAGCUCAUCCCUUCAUCCACCCUCUAAGAUCUUGUUACGCUCCUUAGCGAUUGCUGACUUGUGUGUUGGGUUUGUUUUGGAGCCAGUAUUUGUCGCAUACUUAAUGUCGGUACAUUAUGGGAACUGGAAAGUGUGUUUUCCGUUGGUUCACCUCUCGGCUGUUGUCGAAAUGCUUUCCUGUGUAGUAUCUUUACUAACGAUGACCGCAAUAAGUGUGGACAGGUUGUUUGCCCUGUCACUGGGUGUGAGGUACAGACAAAUAGUCACUUCUAAACGCGUGGCGUUGGCCGUUCUCUGUCUUUGGACCGCAAGUAUUUGUGCAUCAGCCUCGGUAUACUGGACUUUUGACAUCAUUGGAUAUUAUGGCGUUACGGCUUUCACAUUAGGUUUGACAGUUUCAACUUGCUGUUACGCAAAGAUAUAUCAAAAGCUCCUUCAUCAUCAAGUUCAAUUACAAGGCAGUGUUCCUGGCAGAGCUGCACCAUUAAACAUCGCGCGAUACAGAAAAACAGUGUCCAGUGCAUUGUGGGUAUAUUUUACAUUAGUUGUGUGUUAUCUCCCAGCAGGCAUAGUUACAGGUUUGGUUGUGAUUCACCCUGGAGAAACCAGGGCACCGAAUCUUCUGCUUGCGUGGGUAAUGACAUUUACACUUUCUUUUUUGAAUUCUACGCUUAAUCCAGUUGUGUACUGCUGGAAGAUCACAGAACUGAGAGAAACAGUCAAGGCCACAGUGAGACAGAUGUACCGCUAGAAAAUAGUAUAAGUAUUUUAAUCCUAACAGUAAUAAGCAUCUAAUGUCUCCCCACAGUAUCACUGCUGAGUCUAGCUCAAGUCUUGAGAAUAAAGGAAAUGAUCAUCACCCUAAGAAGCUCUUCUCCUAAUACUCUUUUACAAUAUCAGAGGAAAUGCAUACAGAACAGUAUUGAGAA